UAUUGAUUAAAAAAGUAUUUUUAAUCGUAAUAAUCGUGAUAACUAUAAUUAUUGUAACAUUGAUGUAAAUUUAAAGUUCAGGAAGUAAGACACCUGUUCUUUUCGUACAAAGCAUUUAAUUUUUCAAAACAAAAAAAAAAACAAUUCACAUGGAUUCCGCUGAAAAUUGCAACUCAACGGAAAUCGACCGUUUGCCUUCGGAACACUACCCAUGCAGCCACUGUUCGUCCGUGUUCCGGAACAGAGCCCUAUUGGCUCGUCACCAAAGUCAGCUACACCCGGAAAAGAAGAAAUUUCAAUGCCCUCACUGUGAAGCAGCGUACAACUUAUCGAAGAACUUUGCCCUCCACCGGAUAGUCCACAGUGCCGGUGGCAAUGUACCGUUCAAAUGUCCUCAAUGUGGGGUUGCGUUCCGUCGUCACGCCACACUGGUAGGUCACAUCGAGCGGCACUACGUCAGCGAGGAUUACAUUUGCGCCAUAUGCGACGGGGCUUUUCAAACGCUGGAUGGACUGAAAGCUCACGUGUACGAAGGCCACGAGGUUGGAGUACGGAAAAGGGACAAUAGCACGGCGGACAAAAUUGGUAUGGGGAGUGCGCCGGGCAAAACCGUCUUCAAGUGCAAUCUAUGCGAGGACAAAGUGUUCCCGAAGCAGAGCUUGCUCGAAAGGCAUUAUCUCGUACAUACCAAGCAAAAGCCGUUUGUGUGCAGCAUCUGCGGAAAAGCUUUCAACCAGAAAAGCACACUGAAAACACACUCAUUGGUGCACAGCAAAAUUCAGGAAUUCGUUUGCCUCCUAUGUGGCUUGAAAUUCUCGCAGAAGGUCAACCUACGCGUUCACACACUCCGGGUACACCCAAAAAGAACAACUUCUUUGGUGGGAAAGCAACCAUGCCCGUUCUGUCCAUGUGUGUUCAAAAAACUAGGCAGUCUGAAUGCACACAAAACAAAAGUACAUGCCAGCCUAAUGGCCGAAACAAGCAAAGAUCAACGCUCACCCGCCAAAUUUCCCACAGAUUCAGCUAAACCGAGCGAACCAUCGCUCGGUGUCAUCUACAAGUGUGGCAACUGUGGAAUGGAUUUCCCAGAAAUGGCCCAACUGAACAAACACAUCAGGGAACACGAAACAGAUGGUCGUCAAUCUGUAUCGGACGUAGUACAGCCCACCGUAGCCAGUCGGAGCCAAGAGCAUUUGCAAGGUCCUAAUGCACAAAGACGUCACCUUUGUGAAAUUUGCCCCGCUGCAUUCAAAAAAUCCAGUCAUCUCAAGCAGCACACUAAGUCCCAUUACGGCAUUAAGGGUAACCGUUGUCAUAUUUGCGACAAAACCUUCACCACAAGCCACACCCUGAAAGUGCAUUGCAACAGUCACAGUCAGAACUCUCACCUGCACUAUAAAUGUGACCAAUGCAGUGUCAGCUUCAGCCUGCAGUCGAGUCUUCGUAGGCACCAGAAGCAUCACGAUAAUCCCACCAGGUCAUAUAGUUGCCCUUAUUGCAAGCGGGUAUUCAAAUGGUAUCAGAAUUGCAAGUCGCAUAUGAGAGUCAACCAUCCGGAUGUCGUCGAUCAACAGAAUCCAAUCGAACAAUUCUCAACCGAAUCUGCACAGAAAUCUGAUGAGCCGCAACCUCAGCUAACCGAAGAAAUGCUAAUUGAUGUGAGCAACCUACCUUCCAAUGUCAGCAUUGUAGACAUCAGUAAUCUCACAAAUUGCAUCGUGAGAAUAGACGAUCAACUAUACGAACUUCCGGUGCAGAUUGGAACCGAUCUUUCAAUAAACGAAUCAAUAGACCUAGGGGAUGGCAAUUUCGCGCAAGUCAUAAUGGAAAAUCCAGUCGAAGACACGGUGCAACCAACUGCAGAAACGCCAAAAUCGAAUAACUUGGACGACUCGUUGUAUCAGUAUAUGAAUGAGACUUCCCAAGAGGGUGAGACUGAAACAACGUUUGUCUUAGAAGAACAUGCGGAUCCAGCACAAAUUGCUCUGAAAACGAAAGAAGGCAAGAUUCCGAACAAAACCGAACAAGAUCUGUUCGAGGAAGUGGUUGAUGACGGGAAGAAAAAAUACCGCUGCAAGGGUUGUCAGAAAGUGUUCAAGAAGCCCGUGGACCUACGUCGACAUAUUCGAACGCAUACAGGUAAGGUUGAUCGUGAAUCUGGUAAGGUAGAAUGCUUAAUUAAAAUUCUGCAUUUUUCAGGUGAACGCCCGUUCCGGUGUGAUAAAUGUUCUAAAAGUUUCACCCUCAAGGCCGUCCUCGAAGUGCAUCUGAAGACGCACGAAUUGCGAAGGGAAAUAAUGUCCUGCCCGGAGAAGGAUUGUGGCAGUAAAUUUUCCAGCAAAACCAGCCUGGAGUUGCACCGGCGUAUCCACACCGGCGACAGGCCCUUCCAGUGCGGUGUGUGUAGGCUUACGUUUAGAACGUCGGGUCACAUGCAGGCACACAUGACAUCGCACGCCCGUUUGGCUAAACGGCGCGAACAAAGUAGCUUUGAAUUUGUUGAAUGAAUAAAGCUCGAA